AUGCCAGCUAAAAAAGGCAUCGUAGCUGCUGGUGCAACUACAACAUCAGGUGCAACGAAAACAGGCAGCACUGCUACUGGCCGUGUGAAAAAAGGUGGAAAAGAUAAAACAAAGAAUGUAAUGCGUGAUUUACGUAUAAGAAAAUUAUGCUUAAAUAUUUGUGUUGGUGAAAGUGGUGAUCGUUUAACACGUGCCAGCAAAGUAUUAGAACAGUUAACCGGUCAAACUCCUGUCUUUUCCAAAGCCAGAUAUACUGUUCGUUCAUUUGGUAUCCGUCGUAAUGAAAAAAUUGGUGUUUUUGCUACUGUACGUGGUGAAAAAGCUAAAGAAAUAUUAGAAAAAGGUUUAAAAGUGAAAGAAUAUGAAUUGCACAAAGGAAAUUUCAGUGAGAUGGGAAAUUUUGGUUUUGGCAUUCAAGAACAUAUUGAUUUGGGUAUUAAAUAUGAUCCAUCAAUCGGUAUCUAUGGUAUGGAUUUUUAUGUUGUUAUGGGUCGAGCUGGUUUUGAUAUUGCGUACAGAAAACAUAAAAAAUCACGUGUCGGUGCUUCACAUCGUAUUACAAGAGAUGAAGCAAUCAAAUGGUUUCAACAAACUUAUGAGGGUGUCAUCAUGCCAGGUGGAAAAGUAAAAUCAAAAACUGGAAAAUUUUCAAUUUGGGCUAGUAGAUUAUUAUUUUCUGGUGUAUUUUUGUUAAAUACGUUGAACAGUGCAUUAGCGAUUGUCUGUGUUGUAGGACGAUAUAGACAAUGUUUGGAUUUUUCGAUGACUGUCCAUUUUUAUCAUUUUCUAGCAUCUUGGUAUUAUAAUGGUUAUAUUCCAUGGACAUUUGACUGGUAUAUGACACAGUUUUUAUGUGUUGUUAUUAUGACUAUAUUGGCAGAACAGUUAUCGAAAAUAUAUGAAUUACGUUCUAUUCAAUUAUCGCCAAGUGUAGAUAUAGUGAUGAAUGAGACAGAAGAGAUUGUAUUACCAGGAGACACGUCAAAAGCGAGGUCAAUUUAUUCACGUGUAUGUGUCUAUUGUGCAUCAAGUUCAGUAUGUGAUAAAAAAUAUUACGAAAAUGGGAGAUAUUUGGGAGAAAGAUUAGCUAUGUUAGGAAAGACAAUUGUCUAUGGUGGAGCGAAGGAGGGCGUUAUGGGUGCGCUGGCUGAUGGUGCACUAUCGAUGAAUGGGAAAGUCAUUGGAUAUAUUCCAAACUUUAUGAUCACAAAUGAAAUUGAACAUAUAGGUUUAACUGAAUUACAUCGUGUUGAGUCGAUGCAUAUAAGAAAACAUAGCAUGAUGAUGUCGUCAGAUGCCAUUAUUGCUUUACCAGGUGGUAGCGGAACAUUAGAAGAAUUAAUAGAAGCAAUAACUUGGAGGCGACUCGGCCUCAUUCAUUCAUUAAUAAUUAUUAUUAAUCUUGAUGGUUUCUAUGAUCCGUUAGUUGAAUUAUUAAACCGCAUGGUAGAAGAACGGUUUAUGACAAAAGAUUGUAAACAACUAUGGACUGUAGUUAAAACCGUCGACGAAACCAUCGAUAUAUUGGAGGAUGCACACAUUAUGUCUGUUCCAUUACGUGAAUUUGUUCAUAGAAUUGCAUAUUGUUCAGAGAAGGCAGCAUGCAAUGAGAAAAGUAAACAUUUUGAUGUUGAUUAUAAAACAAUUGCUGAUGUUUUAAUUCAAGAAGUGGUUAAAUACGAUUUAAAACAACUGUAUCCAACCCUUGAGGAAAGAAUAUACGGUGAAGAAGAUGGUUCAAUUCAAAUCCAGGAUGAAAAAUUUCGCAUAGAUGUAUCGGGUUCCAUAGAACAAACUCUUGAAUUAUUGCAAAAAUUGUUCAAAAUCAAAUGUGAAACAAUGAACGAUUUGGCGAAACUUAUUUCAUGUAAAAAUAUCGCAACCAUUCCGAAAUUAUCAUUCGAUAAAAUUCCUGAAACAACAACAAUUGAUUUGAUUAAUGUUGGUGUAUGGAUAGAUCCAAUUGAUGGAACGCAUCAGUACAUUAGUGGAGUAGAUGGAUUGAUUUGUCCCAUAACAGGAAUAAAUAUUGAUGGCUUGCCCACAGCCAUGGUGCUGAUAGGUAUUUUCGAUGUUUCAACAGGAGAGGCUAUUAUUGGCAUUGUUAAUAAAGUAUUUCACCAAAAAUUAUCUGACAAUAGUUGGCAAGGAUUAGUUUAUUGGGGAACAUCGUAUCAAAAGAAAAAUUAUAAUAAUAUAUCAGAAGUUCACCAACAAUUGACCAAUAAAGAACCGCAAAAGCGAACAAUUAUUUAUGGAACUGUGAACAACCAUUCAUUUACAAAUUUAUUUAAUGAUUGGAACAAAAUAGAUGUGGCAGCGUGCGGUAAUAAAUUGAUGUGUGUUGCAUUGAAACAGGCUAACAUCUAUAUUUUAACAAAGUCAUCCGCAUUUUUUUGGGAUUUAUGUGCCCCACAUGCAAUUAUAAAGUCGAUGAAUGGUCAAGUAAUUGAUUUACAGAAAGCUGUAGAUCAAUAUGAAUUAUUGAAGACAUCAACAACACAAUCAGUUUUAAAUAUGACAGAUGUUGACUGGUUAAAAUAUCAAUUAGUUUAUAACAAGAUUUUAUCGAAAAAAUUUAAACCGACUGAAUGUUUAAUCGUACCAUUUAUCGCAUAUUCGAAUAUAAAAGAUUUACAAGAUACUUUAGAAAUUUUAGCUAAAAAUAAAAAUUUAAUACAGCCAGAAGAAGAAAAAUAA